CACAACUUCCCGAUAACACUUCAUUUCCGGGUUUUGACGACUUUUAUUUGCAGACACUUAUCCUUUAAAAUGAAGAUCGGUGGGAAAUACCGAAUUUUUGAAACGCUUGGAAACGGAGCUUUCGGUAAAACUCACAAAGUCACAAACUUUAGGGACGCUUUUGCUUUGAAAGAAAUAGAAAUUCAACAAUCUAUCGAUACAUCAUCUGUGAACACUGAAAUUGAAGCUUUCGAAAAUCUCCCACGUCAUGAGAAUAUUGUCACAUUUAUUGACCAUUUCACCGAAAAUAACAAGAUAUAUGUCGUCCUUGAAUUCUGUGAGCCGGGGAAUCUUAAUGACUUUGCAAUCAACGAGAAAAUGGACGACGUAGCAAUCCUACGAGCAAUGAAAGAUGUCGCCCAUGGCCUUCAGCACAUGCACAAACACAACGUUGUGCACGGAAAUGUCAAACCACAAAACAUCAUGUUGACCUUGUCUCAUGGAAACAAACCAAUUUUCAAACUCUCUGAUUUCAAUUUAACCAAGUGCAGUUGUUCGAGGGACAUUUUGUCAAGUUCCUUCGCAGGAAACCAACCUCUUGGUGCUUAUAUUAGUGGACCGUGUGGACUGACUUUGUAUUGGGCUCCGGAGUACAAAGAAGGCCAGUUUUCAAGCUCGGGAGACGUAUUCAGUCUCGGUGUUGUAGUUUAUGCAUUGUUUUCAAUGCGGCUGGAAAAGAAAACACUUUGCCCCGCGGUCAAAUCUGCAGGAGACGACCGGCCCAUGGCUCUCUGCAGUGAUGACGAGAUUGAAACUGCAGUGAAAGCAACUGUCUCUGAUGGUGUUAAGGGGAUUGUUGGUAGAAUGCUAGCUGUUGAUCCGACAGGAAGACCAACAAUUAAUGAUGUCUUGGAUACUAUUUGAAUAAAUGAAAUUGAAAGGGAGUUUCAAUGAGGACCGCUUUGUGACUACUUGAAACAUCGAAUGUUUUCCAAGGAAAAGACAGACAUUUUCACUGAACUUGACAUGACUGUGUAUUGCUGCCACCUAAUUAUUACACUAUAAAAUGUCACAAACAUAAUGUUAUUUUCAUCUGGCUUUCAUUUGCCUUACAUUUAUCCCAGCUGGAGCCUUGCAUGUCACUAGAAUGUUAGAAAUGUAGAGAGCAAUAGUGAAACAUAAUAAAUGUGCAUUUCAUCAUUAA